AUGUACAAGUUGAAGAUUUGGUCAACCUGGGCCACCUGGGAGUCCGUGGGCGUGGCCUCUCGAGUGGGCGGGGACUCUGUUGGGCGUGGUCUCGUUGAGUGGGCGGGGUGCCAGGGGUGCUCCCGCCUUGACCCCUUCCUACCUGCUCCCACCACAGCUAAGGCAUCUUCCAGAGCUAUGAGUUUGAGUUCGGUUGGCCCGGUCCUCUUCCUCCUGGUCUUCCUCCUCGCCCAGCUGGGUUCCAAGGCCGCCCCAUCGGCCUCUCUGCCUGCGGGUUCUGACUUCCAGGGCAUGGGCCACCCCACCGAGACUUCACCUGGUGCUCUUGAAACCUCCACUGGAGACCAGCCUAACCCAGAAUUCCCUGUGACUGUUUAUCUUGAGCCCUCCAAGACGCCCCAUGCAGUGGCCCCCGAGACCUCCGCCCUUGGCUUCAGUGAGACCCCCAGCCCUGACUUCCAAGAACUUCCCCACCCAAAGUCUCCUGAGACCCCCAAGCCUGAAUCACUCAUAACCCCCAUAUCAGAAUCCCUGGUCGCCACCCAAACUAAUCAAUCCAAAGCGACACAUCCAGAACCUUCUGAGACCCCCCAAACUGACGUGACUGAAACUCCACACCCAGGAUCCCCUGAGAUCCCCAAAUCUUAUCCCACCAAAACUUCACACCCAGAAUUUCCUGAGACCCCAAACAUUGGCCCUAUGCAAACUACACAGCAAGAAUUACCAGAAAUUUCCAAAUUUAAUGGCCACCAAAUCUCACUUGCUAACAUCCUUGAAACCCCAAGUCCUGACCCCACCAAACCACUGGGCACCAAAUCUCUAGAAACCCAUGACCCUGACGCCACUGAGACCCCACACUCUGAGUUACUCCCAAACACCCAUCCUGAUCCUACUGAAACCCCACAUGCGGAGUCCCAUGUCACUCUCACCUCUAGCUCCCCUGAGAACCCCACAACCCCCCACCAAGAUGCAGCAGAGACUCCCAUGACCUCUGAUCCUGAAACCACUCGCCUCCACCCAGAAACACCUGUGCCCUUCAAGGACGAGGCCACUGCCCUGAAUGACCUGCACCAGAAUCCCAACCCAGAAGUUUCUGCAGCCACACAGCCUGACUCCCCAAAACCACCCACCUCAGAUUCUCUAGGGAAGGAGCCCCCAAACUCAGACCUUGAAACACCCAACAACCCUCCCCCCUCAGCACGGAUUGCUGGCCCCCCUGAACCUCCAGGGCCCCAAAAUCGGAUGGCCCCUGCCACUCCACGAGUCCCCCAGAGGCGCAGCCGAGAUGAGAGAGUCAACACUAUCAUCGUGGUGGAGCGAGUGAAAGAGACCGGCGUGGCUCUGGUGGGCCGUCCCCGCGGCGCCACAGGAGGGGCUCUGUGCCUGUUCUUCGCGGGUACCGGGCUGCUGAUCGGCGUCGUCCUUCUGCUGUGGUGUCUCUACCGCCGGGCGGCCCGGCACCGGCCCUUCUCACACCACCGGCUCCGGGACAGUGGAGAUGAACCUGUUAUGCAUUUAGACGCUCCGAAGGACCCCUACGACCUCUUCUUUUAUGCACCGGACGCCUGGGUCCCUUCGCACAUCGCCACCAAGCAGCCGCCGCCCACACCUCCGCUGCCACCCAAGCUGCCCCCACCGCCCCGCGGGGCUCGACCCCAGCGCCUGGAGGCAUUGUCGCCCGCCACGCUCCCCAACAACUUCGUUUGA